CUGCUGAUGGAAUGGUGUGUAAUGAGUUAUGCUCAAGUGAUGGCUGUUGGGGGCCGGGGCCAGACCAGUGUCUUUCCUGCAAGCGUUUCAUCAGGGGAAGGACCUGCAUAGACUCUUGUAACCUGUAUGAUGGGGAAUUUCGAGAAUUUGCAAAUGGCUCUGUCUGUGUGGAGUGUGAUCCCCAGUGUGAAAAGAUGGAAGAAAACACAAUCACAUGCUAUGGGCCGGGACCUGACCACUGCACGAAGUGUUUCCAUUUUAAGGAUGGUCCGAACUGUGUGGAAAAAUGUCCUGAUGGCUUACAGGGGGCCAACAGCUUCAUUUUCAAAUAUGCUGAUGAGGAUCGUGAGUGCCAUCCAUGUCAUCCAAACUGCACCCAAGGAACCCCCCUGAUUGCUGCAGGAGUUAUUGGUGGCCUCUUCAUCAUCGUCAUUGUGGGCCUGACGUUUGCCGUGUAUGUUCGGCGCAAAAGUAUUAAAAAGAAGAGAGCAUUGCGAAGAUUUCUGGAGACUGAGCUCGUGGAACCCUUAACUCCAAGUGGCACAGCACCCAACCAAGCACAGCUUCGUAUCCUGAAGGAAACUGAGCUGAAAAGAGUCAAGGUUCUUGGCUCUGGAGCCUUUGGAACUGUAUACAAGGGCAUUUGGGUCCCCGAGGGAGAAACUGUAAAGAUUCCUGUGGCCAUUAAGAUCCUUAAUGAGACCACUGGUCCAAAAGCCAACGUGGAGUUUAUGGAU